AUGGACGGCGACAGGAUGGACCUUGACUCGACGUCCCAGGGCCCGCGGGGCCUCAAGCGGCCGGCGCCAGGCGCAGACGCAGGCGCAGACACGGCAAACGCCAGCUCGUCCCCAGCUGGUGCUUCCGGCGCUUCUGCUGCUGCUGCUUCUGCUGCUUCUGCUGCUUCUGCGAGGCCCAGGAAGAUCCAGGUGAGUCACGUGAUACAGUCUCGAGUCGAGAGAGAGAGAGAGAGAGCAGACCUUACUGACGGUCAGAAGGCGCUGGAUCCGGAUGUUAUCAACAAGAUUGCGGCUGGGGAGAUCAUAGUGGCUCCUAUGCACGCAUUGAAGGAGCUGAUUGAGAACUCGGUGGACGCUGGCUCAACUUCCGUCGAGAUCCUGGUUAGGGAAGGGGGCCUGAAACUCCUCCAGAUCACCGAUAAUGGUCAUGGAAUCGACCACGAUGACCUUUCAAUUCUGUGCGAGAGAUUCACGACGUCAAAACUACAGGCCUUCGAAGACCUCUCCUCCAUCGCUACGUACGGGUUCCGUGGCGAGGCCCUGGCAAGCAUCAGCCAUGUUGCCCAUUUGACAGUGACAACGAAGACGGCCGGAUCAAGCUGUGCCUGGAGAGCUCAUUACAGUGAUGGAAAGCUUGUACCCGCAAAACCAGGGCAGAAUGCCUCCCCCAAGCCCAUUGCCGGACGCAAAGGCACCCAGAUCACCGUUAGUACCGCCCUCGAAAACCCAUCUAUUAUAUUCUCGCUCUCCAUAUAUAUGCAUAUGCUAACUCGGUCGGCAAGUGAAGAGUAUGCAAAGAUCCUUGACAUCGUUGGCCGUUAUGCUGUACACUGCAGUGGAACUGCGUUUUCCUGCAAGAAGCACGGCGAAGCUGGCGUCAGCUUGUCAACUUCGAUAAACUCCUCGAUACUCGACCGGAUAAGACAACUACACGGUGGUGCUGUGGCUAACGAGCUGGUCUCCCUCGAGGUGGAUGGCAAGCGGUGGGGGUGCCGUGCUUCAGCAUGGGUUACCAACGCCAACUACCAUGCUAAAAAGACCACUCUCCUUAUCUUCAUUAACCACCGUGCUGUCGAGUCUACCGCCAUCAAACGAGCCGUGGAGCAAACUUAUUCGACUUUUCUUCCAAAGGGUGGACAUCCAUUUGUCUACCUUGAUCUUGAAAUUGAACCCCAACGCCUUGACGUGAACGUCCAUCCCACAAAGCGAGAAGUCAACUUCUUAAAUGAAGAUGAGAUCAUAGAAUCCAUCUGCAGCGCCAUAAGGACCAAGCUUGCUGCGGUAGACUCAAGCCGUACGUUCAUGACACAAACACUUCUCCCCGGAAUUCGCCCACCAGAACCAGCUACGUUAGCCGGAGACGCUUCUUCAGGGGCAGAGGGUGAAAGAUUAGCUCUUCGAACGGUUGCUGGAACGAAACGGCCUUACGAAAAUAAUCUUGUCCGGACAGAUGCGAAAUUGCGGAAGAUAACAUCCAUGCUUCCUCCUGCAGGUUCGGAGACGGUCCAUGGAGACAAACCCAGCGGCAACCAAGGCCUCGCUUAUCAAAAAGUUAACCGGGAACCAGUUAACAUUCGCCUUACCUCCGUUAAAAACCUGCGUGCAGCUGUUCGGUCCUCCAUGCACAAUAAUCUCACCGAAAUAUUUUCUUCGAAUACCUACGUCGGCCUCGUGGACGAGCGACGUCGGGUUGCCGCAAUACAGUCCGGCGUCAAGCUAUACCUAGUGGAUUAUGGAAUGGUGUGCAAUGAGUUCUUCUACCAACUCGGACUUACAAACUUCGGGAACUUUGGAUCGAUCAAUCUCGAGUCAUCUCCGAAGCUUGUGGAUCUGCUUUCCCUAGCUGUUGAGGUGGAGCGUGACGAAUACUACCGCAACAAUCCACCAGAUGGAGAUGCGGCUUCAGUAGCGUCAGAUGCCAGCCGCAGCAUAGACGAAGGCAUAGUUGUCGAUUUUACUUCUGUUGCAGCCACUGUGGCCAAGCAUUUAAUCGACCGAAGGGAAAUGCUAAAGGAAUAUUUCUCGCUUUCCAUAUCCGAGGAUGGAUGCUUAUUAUCGAUACCUCUGCUUUUGAAAGGGUACAUGCCAUCUCUUGUAAAACUACCGCGGUUUCUUCUCCGUUUAGGCCCAUAUGUGGACUGGAGUGGCGAAGAAGCCUGUUUCCGCACAUUCUUGACGGAACUUGCGGCCUUUUAUACACCAGAGCAACUACCAACUCCAUAUUCAUCUAGUACCCCGCAAGGGGGAUGUGGGAGGCAGCCUGGCCCCGGUGCUCGAGAAAGUAGCCCGCACUCUAUAGUUUCUGACAUCUCAAGAGAAAAUGGCGUCUCUGCCACUGAAAGCCCACAGGCAGAUCAGUCCUCCAGUCAUGACGAAGCUGAAUCGGAAGAUGAAUCAGUUACUCGUCGACGAGAGCAGUUGUCAUGGAUGCUUGAACAUACCUUGUUCCCCGCUAUACGCUCACGUGUCCUUAUUGCCUUUAAACAUCCUCCCUCGUGCCUCUAUUCUCCAAUCCCAUCUACUACAUCUCUCCAGAAAGAGAACUCGCUUUCUGCCUCCUAUAUCGAUGAUACCGUCACUACCUAUACUGUCCCAUUUUACGGCCUUACAUAUCUCCCUGCUCGAAGCAUGAUAUGA